GCACCUAGGGGGAUAGUCUGGAGAUGGGGGUCCAUCAGUCCCCUUUCCCAGGGUGGCAGGGACAAGGAGUGGGGUUUGCACAGGCAGCAUUGGUGUCUUCAGGAACAGAAACCUCCCUGCAAGUCUGUCACUACCUCUACUGCUAUUAAUAAUAUCACAGAAUCACAGAAUGUUAGGGAUUGGAAGGGACCUCAGAAGAUCAUCUAGUCCAAUACCCCCGCCAGAGCAGGAACACCUAGAUGAGGCUACACAGGAAUGUGUCCAGGCGGGUUUUGAAUGUCUCCAGAGAAGGAGACUCCACAACCUCCCUGGGCAGCCUGUUCCAGUGUUCUGUCACCCUCACUGAGAAGAAGUUUCUUCUCAAAUUUAAGUGGAACCUCCUGUGUUCCAGUUAGUAUCCAUUGCCCCUUGUCCUAUCAUUGGUUGUCACCGAGAAGAGUCUGGCUCCAUCCUCAUGAUACUCACCCUUUACAUAUUUAUAAACACGAAUGAGGUCACCCCUCAGUCUCCUCUUCUCCAAGCUAAAGAGCCCCAGCUCCCUCAGCCUUUCCUCAUAAGGGUGAUGCUCCAUUCCCAUAAUCAUCUUCUUGGCUCUGCGCUGGACUCUCUCCAGCAGUUCCCUGUCCUUGUUGAGCUGAGGGGCCCAGAACUGGACACAAUAUUCCAGAUGUGGUCUCCCCAGGGCAGAGUAGAGGGGAAGGAGAACCUCUCUCAAUCUACUAACCACCCCCCUUCUAAUACACCCCAGGAUGCCAUUGGCCUUCCUGGCCACAAGGGCAUAGUGCUGGCUCAUGGUCAUCCUGUUGUCCACCAGGACCCCCAGGUCCCUUUCCCCUAUGCUGCUCUCUAAUAGGUCAUUCCCCAACCUAUACUGGAACCUGGGGUUGUUCCUGCCCAGAUGCAAUACUCUACACUUGCCCUUGUUAUAUUUCGUUAAUUUUUUCCCCUCCCAACUCUCCAGCCUGUCCAGGUCUCGCUGGAUGGCAGCACAGCCUUCUGGAGUGUCAGCCACUCCUCCCAGUUUGAUGUCAUCAGCAAAUUUGCUGACAGUGCACUCUAUUCCCUCAUCCAAGUCACUGAUGAAUAUAUUGAAUAGUACUGAUUCCAGUACUGACCCUUGAGGCACUCCACUAGAUACAGGCCUCCAGCUAGACUCUGCCCCGUUGACCACAAGUCUCUGGCUUCUUUCCUUCAGCCAGUUGAAGCCAUAUAUCUCUGUUCAUCAUGUAUUAGAAGAUGUCUGCACUUAAGGGCAGAGAGGCACAAGCAAUAAAACAUCACCAGUAGGUAGUCAACCAUACCCUCAUGCUUUUUGAAGGCAGGAGUCAGAAUUGGUCAUCUAAUUCCCACUGACUCUCAAAGAGGGUUUCUCCUUCUGGAGAUCUCACUUGUGAAGCUUUAAUAAAUAAAAUCCUGCCCUAUACAUAGGGAGGGGUGAAAAUUAUUGCUGUGUAAUCUUCAACCUUGCCCUGAUUUUCAGCAUCUUAAAACUGAGCCUAUUUUAAGCAGUGCUAAGGGCUGGGAGCCAAGAUCUCAGCACACGUGGUGCUGUCAGGAUGAAGGAGUGGGGGAAGGAAAAAAAACUGCAUGCUGUACCUUUCUAAUAUGAGGUUCAAGGGUAAUCGUAUGAAUCAGCAUAAUCAGCACUGGGUUGGUUCGGUGUUUGUCCAUGGGAAUCUUUAUCCUUGUUUCAUUUGGCUCUGUCUGCAAGCAGCAGCCCCCAGGUGAUCCUAAAGGUGAGACUCCCAUGCCUUCCAAAUCCUACCUUUGCUGAGCUGCAUCCCCUAGGGCACCCUAGCAGCCACUGGCCCUGGACAUCCACCUUUGAGCAAUUCUCUGGCUGUCAGUGGGGCUGACACCAGAGUGGGCAGCUGAGGCACAGAAUGCAGCAAGCUGUGCUUGCUCCAGAGACUGUUCUGUCCCGGCAGUGAACAUAUGACCUUAGAGGCUUGAGGGAUGGGUGGUUCCUGGUUUCUAGGUUCAUCUGAUAUCUCAGACCUUGUAGUUCUGCAUAGCGUUUCUCUGCAGUGUUUCCAACUAACUCUGAUUUCCUCUGUUCCUCCCUCCAAUGCUCCACUUACCAUUUCUACAAAUUGCCGAUCCCAUCAUCUGAUCUUCUCUCCUUUCCUCUUCCAUAUCUUCACCACAUUCACCAUCAUGUUCCCUACAUGGUUUUCAUUUCUCCUUUUAAAACCUGGUCCUCUUCCUUCCUCCAUUCUUACCUCUCCUCUUUCUGGAGCUGGUUUGGUCCGCAGAUACACUGCAGUGGUAAAACCAGUUCAGUACCAGUACAGCACUGGGCAGAGCUCCUGCAGGAGGGUCUCUCUCAUGAUCGUGAUAGUCUGGAUGCUGGCCUUCGCAGUGUCGUGCCCUCUCCUUUUUGGCUUCAAUACGACAGGGGAUCCCAGUGUCUGUUCCAUAUCCAAUCCUAUUUUUGUCAUCUACUCCUCUUUGGUGUCCUUCUAUCUCCCCUUCAUGGUGACCCUGCUGCUCUAUGUCCGGAUUUACCUCGUGCUAAGACAAAGACAAAAGAAGCGAACCCUCACCCGACAGGGCAGCCACAGCGCCAGCACCAAACCAUGCUAUGCACACAAAGAACACAUGGAGAAAAAAGCUUUGCCAAACAGAUGCCAAGGCACCUCUUCCCCCUGUCUCCCACUCAAAUGCUCAGGCCAGGAGACAUCUACCAAAAGGAAGCUGCUGACUGUCUUCAGUCUACAGCGGUACCGCAGCUUCUGCCAUGAGGCAACACUCACCAAGGCACCAGGGACUGCACAACACAGAAGGCUGGAAGAGAGGAGAAAGAGCAUGAAGCCAGGACUGGAGGUACGGAGGCUCAGCAAUGGCAGAACCAUGAGCUCUUUGAAGCUAGCACACCAGCAGCCCCGGCUGAUCCAGCUUCGGGAGAGGAAGGCUACACAGAUGCUAGCUAUUGUCCUGGGAGCAUUCAUAGUCUGCUGGCUGCCCUUCUUCUUGAUUCACAUCCUCAACACCCACUGCCCAUCCUGCCACGUGUCCCCAGGGCUUUACAGCGCCAGCACCUGGCUUGGCUACGUCAACAGCGCCCUCAACCCCAUCAUCUACACAACCUUCAACACGGAUUUCCGCAAAGCCUUCCUCAAGAUCCUCUGCUGCUGACCGCAGGGCUGGCACCAGGCUGCAUGGGCUGCGGUUUGCAGCAGACUGCAGGGCUGGGGACAAGGCAUGGGGCCCUUCCCUCCCUCUGCUUUAUACACUGUGGGGAGUGAUGUGCCCCCCUCGGCUGUGAGCGGUGGUGUUUGGCACAACACGAACGCUGCCGACAGCCAGAAAACUUCUGUACCAGAGUGAAGAGCAGGAGUGUGCCCCACCUGCACGCAACCUUCAUGCACCCAGCCUCAACGCUCCUGCUUAACAGAGUACAAGUGCUUCCCACUUCUGAGGAGGGAGGAGAAGACACAGAGGCAAGCCAGUGAGUCCCUCAGUGUUGGGCACAGCAGCAGAGAGAGCCAGACCCAGGCGUGCGGUGGAAGAGCAGCCACUGCAGUGUCCCGCUUCUGGGAGCUGUGGGCAGGAUCCUGCCCAAGUGGGUAGGAUCUCUCAUCUCCCCCAUCAACAAGCUGGGAAUGCAUUUGCUCUCCAAUUGCUGGAGGCUCAGCCUGCAGAAAGCACCCAGCUUAUGCACAGCAGUCCUAAUAAGAGGGCAGAACAUGACCUCUUUGAUAAGGAUCUUGAUCACUUCAAUCAGGAGCCAAGAGCAAAAAUUUGGCAAGAAAACUUUGAAAUGGAGCACUGAUGGAGAAAAAGUGAUGUUUCUGUUGUCUCCGUCAAAAGCUUUGCCCAUAAAACUGUGUCAGUCUCAGUGCCUGAGAAAAUUGCUCCAGUUGCAAAUGAAACCAUCUCCUGUGCUGCCAGCAUGUAUUUUACUGCUCCUUGCAAGGUAAAGGGGUGGCUGCCAUCCCUCUGGUAGGUCAGAUCACAUGAGAAGUGCAAGAUUAUCACAGUGUCCCUGCUCUUCCUAACCCAAGGACCAGAGAUAGAUUUGCCACUACUUAACUACCAGACACGCAGUCAUCUACAGUGGCCACUAAAUAAUGAACAAGGCCCAGGAUAGCUCCAGUCUUGCCUGCAAUAGAUUCAAAGCUGUUUAUUCACCUGGGUCAGGUUGCAUGCACCCUGUCUCAAAACUUGUUCAUAGUCUCCUUGGAACCGAUCUCCCUUCCUGCUUGUUUCCCUGUCAGGAGCACUGCUAGAUUAAGGGGUUGUCCCAUCUGACUGCUGUGAUAACUCCUGUACAGCCCAUGCCUGGGGGAGAGCUGUUUCAGUAACAUCCUUCUCAGUAAGAAAGGGCAUGUGCCUCAGGAUCAGAUUCAGGACCCUCACUGGCUCCCCUCACACAUAUACCUGGCAGCACACAGGGCAUCCAUAUGUUCCAGCUUCCAGGAGAUGGCCAAACACAGCCCUGCCAUGGUCUCCUUUUUCAGUAGGAUUGUACACAGCCAUCUCUAGUAGUUUCUGGAUGAAAACAUCAGACAAGACCUGACAUCUCAUGUAAGCUGGUCUCAUGUCAGGGUGCUCUAGUGCUCUUCUCCUUAUAUAGCCAAACCUGGCCUGGGACAGCCUCAACACGUUUCUGUCAUUUCCCCCCGCCUCGCUGUACCAGAUCAGAGGCUCCAACUCUCCCUUCCUAGACCAGGCUUAGCCAUGCUGUUAGCUGCACUCAUUUGCAGCUUUGGGCCUAACUGUGUGUGCUGUCUCUGCCUAUGUCCAUGCCACAGCUCCUCCACCUGGGAAAGGCUUCCUCUCUUUCCUAAUAUAAACCCGAAUCCAUUGUCCUCCGUCUCCGGAGCACAUAGCAGAGCUCUAGCUUCUUCUUUGUCUGGCUUUGGAGAGGAGAUGCUCAUGGACAGCAUGUGGUGUUUGCCUGGGGAGGUACCCUCCAUACUGCAUUGUAACUACAUUAAUUUAAUAAAAUAAGAAUGUAAUCAGAA